AUGCAAGACUUCGUGGGUUCCGCCCGCCGCCGGUCGCUGGUGCCCAAAACCUCUCGGGAAGAACCCGCCGGACUCGGAGCAAUCGCUGAGAAAAUCGGGUCGAGCAUAAGGCGGUCUCGAAUCGGGCUGUUCGCGAAGGCCCCGGUUCACGCGUCGCCUUCAUCUGCGACCCCACGUAGGAACGUCGUGGAGGAGGCGCCGAGGGCGGAGGAAGAGCCGCUGCCGCCGAUGGAGGAGGCCGCUGUUGAGCAGGAGCCGGGCGCUGCCGCAGCUGGAGCAGAUUUUGCAGGUAAAGAUUCGAGGGGGGAGAGGGCUUUAGCGCCGUCUGCGAUACGGUGGCGGAAAGGGGAGUUGAUCGGGUGCGGCGCGUUCGGGAGGGUUUACAUGGGGAUGAAUCUUGAUUCUGGUGAACUUCUGGCUGUCAAAGAGGUUGCAGUUGCUACAAACAGUACUUCCAAGAAAACACAAGGCUACAUUGAUGAGCUCGAAAAAGAAGUGAAUCUGUUGAAGAAUCUAUCGCAUCCAAACAUUGUGAGAUACUUGGGAACUGCGAGGGAGGAAGAUUCUUUGAAUAUAUUACUGGAAUUUGUCCCGGGUGGAUCCAUCUCAUCUCUCUUGGGAAAAUUUGGUUCUUUCCCAGAAUCUGUUAUUCGAAUGUAUACUAAACAGCUGUUGAUAGGAUUAGAAUACCUGCACGCGAACAAAAUUAUGCACAGGGAUAUCAAGGGAGCGAAUAUCCUCGUCGAUAAUAAGGCAUGCAUUAAACUUGCUGAUUUUGGAGCAUCCAAGAGAGUUGAAGCAUUGGUAACUGUAACUGGUGCCAAAUCAAUGAAAGGUACUCCAUAUUGGAUGGCUCCUGAAGUUAUUGUUCAGAGUGGUCAUAGCUACUCUGCGGAUAUAUGGAGUGUUGGGUGCACGGUUAUAGAAAUGGCUACCGGAAAGGCUCCUUGGAGUCAACAAUAUCAGGAGGUUGCUGCUCUCUUUUACAUUGGGACGACUAAAUCUCAUCCACCAAUUCCAGAGCAUCUCUCCUCUGAAGCAAAGGACUUUUUGUUAAAGUGUUUACAAAAGGAGCCAGACCUGAGGUCUACUGCAUCAGAGUUGUUAAAGCAUCCAUUUGUUACUGGAGAGUGCCAGGAAUCAAAUAUCAAUCUCCGACGUUCAAUUGUGGUCAGUAGAUGCUUUUCUUUUGUUUUGAAGUGUUUUUGUUCAUGCUUCAGAAUGAACAUUGAGGCCAAAAGGUCCUGCAUUGUUCUCAAAGAUGUUGGUCAGUAUGGUGGCAUCAGAAGCUCCAUUGUUCAUCCCGAGCAACUCUCAGGAAGAAGCUCCACAUGGAAACCGACGGAUUCUGAUGAUGACAUGUGUCGUAUAGAUGACGAUGAUGAUCUUGCAUUUGGAGCUGCUUCUGAGAAAGUCUCGCCAAAUAUGGUUGUUAGCGAUUGUUAUGAGAGUUAUAAUCCAAUAUGCAAGCCAAACGAUGAUUGGCCAUGCAAGUUUGAUGGAAGUUCAGAGAUGGAUAAAAGUGAAAUGAGAUCUUUUCCUAAUCAGUCAAUGGAUUUAGGGCAGUUGGGAGCAGAAGACGAUGAUGAAGUGACUGAAUCAAAGAUUAGAGAUUUUCUUGAUGAAAAGGCAUUUGAACUGAAGAAGCUGCAGACACCACUGUAUCAAUUUUACAACUCGUCGAAUGUUGCUGGUCCUUCGAGCUCGGGCGAUGGAGACAAGGAAAAUGCACCAGAUAACUGCAACUUACCUUGUAAUAGUAAGUCCCCCAGUAGGGUCGUUAGUAAAAGAUUAUCGGUGGUUGUUGGUGCUGACCUCAGCAUGAGUCCUCGGAGGUGUUCUAAACGUGUAUCUAUUACGAGCACCAUGAACAUAGAAGCUUCUCAGGACAUGAAAGAGCUUCUUCUAGAUUCUCUGCAAGAGCCGGCCACUGUUAGGUUUAGCGAGAUACAGAGGAAAUGGAAAGAAGAACUCGAUGAGGAGCUCGAAAGGACCCGAGAACUCAUGCGUCAAGCGGGUGCAGCUAAGACAUCAUCACCAAAAGAUCAAAGUUUGAAUCGACUCAGGGAUCGCUCGAAGUUUGCAUCUCCAAGGAAAUAG